AUGCAGCUGCGCCACGUCCGGACCCUGCUCACCCCGCAGGAUGGGGCCGCCAAGGUCACGUGCAUGGCGUGGGCCCCCAACAACGCCAAGUUCGCCGUCUGCACCGUGGACCGCGUGGUCCUCCUCUACGACGAGCACGGCGAGCGGCGGGACAAGUUCUCCACCAAGCCCACCGACCCCAAGUAUGGCAGGAAGAGCUAUGUGGUGAAGGGCAUGGCAUUCUCCCCAGAUUCCACAAAGAUUGCUGUUGGGCAGACGGACAACAUAAUUUUUGUCUACAAGAUUGGGGAGGAAUGGGGGGACAAGAAGGUGAUCUGCAACAAAUUUAUUCAGACGAGCGCUGUGACAUGCUUGCUGUGGCCGGAGGAAAACACCAUUGUCUUUGGGCUUGUUGAGGGCAAGGUUCGCCUGGCCAACACCAAGACCAACAAAUCAUCCACCAUUUAUGGGACAGACUCCUACGUCGUCUCCUUGGCCUCCAACAUCUCAGGGAAGGGAAUCCUCUCUGGACAUGCAGAUGGAACCAUCGUGCGCUACUUCUUUGACGAUGAAGGCUCUGGGGAGUCACAGGGCAAGCUGGUGAUCCACCCCUGCCCCCCCUACGCCAUGGCCUGGGCCUCAAACAGCAUUGUGGCCGCCGGCUGCGACAAAAAGAUGGUGGCCUACGGGAAGGAGGGCCACGUCAUCCAGACCUUCGACUACAGCCGCGACUCAUCCGAGAAGGAGUUCACGGUGGCGGCAGCCAGCCCGGGGGGUCAGUCCGUGGUCAUCGGCAGCUUUGACAGGCUGAGGGUGCUGAACUGGAGCCCCCGCCGGAGUGCCUGGGAGGAAGCCAAGCCCAAAGAGAUCCCUCACCUCUACACCAUCACCGCCUUGGCCUGGAAGCGGGACGGCUCGCGGCUCUGCGCGGGCACCCUCUGCGGCGGAGUGGAGCAGUUUGACUGCUGCCUGCGCAGGAGCAUUUACAAAAACAAGUUUGAGAUGACCUACGUGGGGCCAAGCCAGGUGAUUGUGAAGAACCUCUCCACCGGGAUGCGGGUCGUGUUGAAAUCCCACUAUGGCUAUGAGAUUGACGAGGUGAAGAUCCUGGGGAAGGAGCGCUACCUUGUGGCCCACACCUCCGACACGCUUCUCCUAGGGGACCUCAGCUCCACCAAGCUCAGUGAGGUCGCCUGGCAGGGAUCUGGUGGGAAUGAAAAGUUUUUCUUUGACAACGAGAAUGUCUGCAUGAUAUUCAACGCAGGGGAGCUGACCCUGGUGGAGUACGGGAGCAAUGAGAUCCUGGGUUCCGUGCGCACCGAGUUUAUGAACCCCCAUCUCAUCAGUGUCCGCAUCAAUGAAAGGAGGCAGCAGGGAAUGGAGGAAAACAAGCGUCUGGCUUACCUGGUGGACAUCAAAACAAUAGCGACAGUGGACCUCGUGGGCAGCUACAAUAUUGGCACCGUCAGCCAUGACAGCAAGAUAGACUGGCUGGAGCUGAAUGAGACCGGGCACAAGUUGCUCUUUCGGGACAAGAAGAUGAAACUGCAUCUCUAUGACAUCGAAAGCGCCACCAAGACCACCAUCCUGAGCUACUGCUCCUACGUGCAGUGGGUCCCCGGGAGCGACGUGGUGGUGGCCCAGAACCGGAACAGCCUCUGCGUGUGGUACAACAUUGACACCCCCGAGCGAGUGACCAUGUUCCCCAUGAAGGGUGACAUCGUGGACCUGGAGAGGAGCAACGGCAAGACCGAGGUGAUAGUGACUGAGGGGGUCAACACCGUGUCCUACACCCUGGACGAAGGGCUGAUCGAGUUUGGCACCGCCAUUGACGACGGCGAUUACCACAGGGCUGUUGCCUUCCUGGAGACACUGGAGAUGUCUGCCGAGACGGAGGCCAUGUGGAAGACGCUGAGCCGCCUGGCUCUGGAGGCCAAGCAACUGCACAUUGCAGAGAGGUGUUUUGCUGCUCUGGGCCACGUCUCCAAGGCCCGCUUCCUCCACGAGACCAACGAGAUUGCUGACCAAGUGGCCAAGGAAUAUGGAGGGGACGGCACAGACUAUUACCAGGUGCGUGUCCGCCUGGCCAUGCUGGAGAAGAACUACAAGCUGGCGGAGAUGAUCUUCUUGGAGCAGAACGCUGUGGAGGAAGCCAUGGAGAUGUACCAGGAGCUCCACAUGUGGGACGAGUGCAUCUCGGUGGCCGAGGCCAAGGGCCACCCUGCGCUGGACAAGCUGCGCCAGGGCUACUAUGAGUGGCUGCUACAGACCCAGCAGGAGGAGCGGGCGGCGGAGGUGCAGGAGGGCCAGGGGGACCUGCAGGCGGCCAUCGGGCUCUACCUGAAAGCAGGGCUGCCAGCCAAGGCGGCGCGUCUGGCCACAGGCCGGGAGGAGCUGCUGGGCAACACCGACCUGGUCAACCGCAUCGCCACGGCCCUCAUCCGAGGGGACCUCUUUGAGCAGGCUGGGGAGCUCUUUGAGAAGAUCCGGAACCCCCAGAGGGCCCUGGAGUGCUACCGCAAGGGCAGUUCCUUCCUGAAAGCCGUGGAGCUGGCACGCUCCGUCUUCCCUGCCGAGGUGGUGAAGCUGGAGGAGGCCUGGGGGGACCACCUGGUGCAGCAGAAGCAGCUGGAUGCUGCCAUCAACCACUACAUUGAGGCCAGGUGUGCCAUCAAGGCCAUUGAGGCAGCCAUUGGUGCACGGCAGUGGAAGAAGGCCAUCUACAUCCUGGAGACGCAGGACAAGAAGACAGCCAGCAAGUAUUACCUCCGCGUCGCCCAGCACUAUGCCGCUCUGCAGGAGUAUGAGAUAGCGGAGGACCUGUACGUCAAGGGAGACCACAGCAAGGAGGCCAUUGACAUGUACACGCAGGCGGGGCGCUGGGAGCAGGCACACAAGCUGGCGUCCAAGUGCAUGCGGCCGGAGGACGUCUCUGUGCUGUACAUCACGCAGGCCCAGGAGAUGGAGCGCCAGGGCAAGUACAAAGAGGCCGAGAGGCUCUUCAUCACGGUGGACGAGCCGGACCUGGCUAUCACCAUGUACAAGAAGUGCAAGAUGUACGACGAGAUGAUCCGCUUGCUGGGCAAGUACCACAAGGACCUGCUCAGUGACACUCACCUCCACCUGGGCAAGGAGCUGGAAGCUGAGGGGCGCCUGCAGGAGGCGGAAUAUCACUACCUGGAGGCCAAGGACUGGAAGGCGAGCGUCAACAUGUACCGCGUCAACAGCAUGUGGGAUGAAGCCUACCGGGUGGCCAAGGCUCACGGUGGAGCAAACUCCCACAAGCACGUGGCCUUCUUGUGGGCGAAGAGCCUUGGCGGGGAGGCCGCUGUGAAGCUCCUCAACAAGUUUGGGCUCCUGGAAAUGGCCAUUGACCACGCGGCCGACAACAACAUGUUUGACUUUGCCUUUGAGCUGGCCAGGCUCUCCCUGAAGCAGAAGCUGCCAGAGAUCCACUUCAAAUAUGGCUCCUUCCUGGAGGACGAGGGCAAGUUUGAGGAGGCCGAAGUCCAGUUUGUGAAGGCCGGAAAGCCCAAGGAGGCCGUUCUGAUGUAUGCCCAUGCCCAGAACUGGGCGGCUGCUCAGCAAGUGGCCGAGGCGCACGACCCCGACAGUGUGGUCCUUGUGCUGGUGGGCCAGGCAGAUGCCGCCUUCAAGCAAAAGGAGUUCCAGAAGGCCGAGGCGCUGCUGCUGCGGGCUCAGCGCCUGGACCUGGCCGUGAAGCACUACAAGGAGGCUGCCAUGUGGAGCGACGCUCUGCGCGUUUGCAAGGAGUUCCUGCCAGGGGACCUGGAGGCGCUGCAGGAGGAGUAUGAGCAGGAAGUGGCCAAGAAGGGGCCCAGGGGCGUGGAGGGGAUCCUGGAGCAGGCGAGGGAGUGGGAGCAGGCAGGCGAGUUUGCCCGGGCCGUGGAUUGCUACCUGAAGGUGCGGGACCCCGGAAACAACCCCCUGAUGGAGAAGUGCUGGAUGAAGGCGGCUGAGCUGUCCAUCAAGUUCCUUGGCCAGCCGCGGAGCAUCGAGGUUAUGCGGCUGGUGGGGCCCCAGCUGGUCAGCAUUGGGAAGUUCAACGUGGCAGCCGAGCUUUACCUCAACCUGGACCUCAUCAAGGAAGCCAUAGAUGCCUUCAUGGAGGGAGAGGAGUGGAACAAGGCCAAGCGGGUGGCCAAGGAGCUGGACCCCAGGUACGAGGAGUACGUGGAUCAACACUACAAGGAGUAUCUCAAGGACCAGGGCAAGGUGGACUCGUUGGUGGGAGUUGAUGUCAUGGCUGCCCUAGACAUGUACGUGGAGAGGGAGCAGUGGGAGAAGUGCCUGGAAACAGCUGCCAAGCAGAACUACAAGGUGCUGCACAAGUACGUGGCCCUCUAUGCCACCCACCUCAUCCGCGAGGGCUGCUGGGACAAAGCUCUGAGCCUCUAUGUCCAGCAUGGCGCUCCCUCCAAUGCCCAGAACUUCAACAUUUACAAGCGGCUUUUUGUGGAGAUGGUGAACGUUCCUGGCAUGAACUGCGCAGAGGCCUAUCACAGCUGGGCAGACCUGCGCGAUGUCCUCUUCAACCUGUGUGAGAAUAUUGUGAAGUCCAGCGAAGCAAACACGCCGGCGCACGAGGAGUUUGAGACCAUGCUGGUGGUGGCGCAUUACUAUGCCACGCGGUCAGCAGCCCAGAGCAUCAAGCAGCUGGACACGGUGGCAGCCAAGCUCUCCAUCGCCCUCCUGCGCCACACAGAGCUCAUCCCCGCAGACAAGGCCUUCUACGAAGCCGGGUUGGCAGCCAAGGGUGUUGGGUGGGAGAACAUGGCCUUCAUCUUCCUGAACCACUUUCUGGACCUGACGGACGCAAUUGAGGAGGGCUCUCUGGACGCCCUGGACCACUCCGACUUCCAGAACACUGACAUCCCCUUUGAGGUGCCACUGCCUGCCAAGCAGCACGUCUCGGAGGAGCAGCGUGAGGAGACCCGCGACUGGGUCCUGACCGUCUCCAUGGACCAGCGGCUGGAGCAGGUCCUGCCCCGCGACGAGCGCGACACCUACGAGGCCUCUCUGGUGGCAGCCAGCACCGGCGUGCGCUCCCUGCCCUGCCUGAUCACAGGCUACCCUGUGCUGCGGAACAAGGUGGAAUUCAAGCGCCCUGGCAAAGAGGCCAACAAGGAGAGCUGGAACAAGUUCUUGAUGGCGGUCAAGAUGUCCCACAACCCCUCCUGCCAGGACGUGCUCAAGUUCAUCAACCAGUGGUGCGGGGGGCUGCCCGGCACCAACUUCUCCUUCCAGUGACGCAGCCAGGACCUGACACUGGAGCCUUCCUCCUUUCUUAUUAAAUGUUAUCGUUUCUACA